AACAGCAAAUCUAUUUUGGAAGGUAGCAUGGGUUUUGAAAUGUGUAAUGAGUUCACAAAGAUAAAAAUCAAGGUUGUUGGAGGACAUUACUCAAUAACAAAUGCAUAGUCAUGGGUGACAGCAAAGACAUACAUUUAGUUAGGGCAUACAUAGAUAAAGCCAUUGGUAUGGACAGCUCGAGAUCGAUGGACAAUGGGAGCAGCCAGGAAGGAGUGACCUACCAUUGAGGGAAGGCUGCUGCUGAUGAUGGGAGUCUUAUCUGUGUUGGGAUCUUAGGGUCCACAAACUCCCAGACUAUACGCUCAAGGCUACAAACUCACCCACUUCCUCCCACACUCCUCCCACCGUCUCCUCCCCGCAUUGCCACCCACCACCACCACCCCCCCAGCCUCUGGUCUCUACAACACCCCAGCCUCUUUGGCCCCUCCGCCCUCCUCUCUCAACAGAACUGGACGCAAAGGCAGAGAACGCUGGGCGCGCGCACGUCAGCUCGGUAAUCAUCGAUAAUACAGCAGAGCUGGGAAAACAGAACACAAAAGGGGCACUGCUCAUAGGUUCACUGUCGACUCCUGGACGCAAUGGACACCAUGAUGCAAGCGCUGAAGGACCUCAAGCUCCUACAACUCCAAACGUCCAUGGACAGCGGAGGCACGGCCAGCGUAGCCGACGCUGCCGCCGCCGCUGCUGCUGCACACAAGCGGGGCUUGCAUCAGGCCACGUACCCCACCCCGCCAAACCACGUCAGCUCAACAAGCUGCAACAGCUGCACAAGGAAUUCAUUUCGAAGAGAGGAGAGCGACACCUGCCACCACUGGGCCUCCCGGGCAGAGGACGGGCCCUCGAACGUGCGGCGCGCCGACUGGACGGCGUGCCUGCUGUCGGCAGAGGGCAGGAAGCGACAGCCCAUCGUGCUGGGAGACAACAGCUUCGCCGACCUCAUCACGGACUGGAUAGAAGCCGCCGAGCCACCGUCCGAGAAACUGCCCAGCAGCAGCGUGAAAGCGUCCUCGCCGCUGGAGAGCUGCAAGAGGCUCUUCGGCAUGGGUGGGAGCCUGCAGCGGAAACUCUCUAGCCUCAGGCCAGGCAGGAAGGUCCACAGCAAGGCGUACAAAGUUAGGGACGGCGAGCAGGCGGUACGCAAGCAUCCCACCGAACAGCUCAAGGCGGAGGCGAGAAAGUGCCAGGCGCCUUACGACCUGUUCAACUCGCACGCACGGUGCCAGGCUGCACGUGUACACAAGGCAUUGUGAGGCGUUUUGCGUCGGGGCAGUUGAACAGUCGGUGUUCAAAGGUCACGAAGAACUUGUGCCCCGUGUACAUUUUCAGACAUCAACAGUGGCUUGAUUUCUCUUGGACCCUUGAAUUGGGCAUUUAUUGAAUACGAUAUGCUCAAUAAUUAUGUCAGUGGAUUUGAAAGGAAAGUGCCCUGAAAGGUUUUAGCGUUGCAGUGAAAAUGGAAACUGGGUACCCUGGUGGUGGCCACCUGUUUCAAUGUAUCGGGUAACCUUUAGGUGUUGUAUAUGAACUUGAGACCGUUUAAAAAAAGAAAUCGCAACAGCUGACGCUCUUUAAUGAGCCACUUUGUUUUCGUGAGGGCUUUUUGAACAAUUGCUUAAUGGAAGAGCGUGCAGAAAUUCCAACCACAGAAACCCCCUCCGAUAGAAAAGUCAAUUUAAAAAGGAAAUCGCUGGGCGUCAACUCUCCAAAGUGUGCCUUCAAAACAGGACUUAACUUCCACUUAAAACCUCGACUCAAACCAGCUGUGUUGGCAAAGGGCCUUUCUCGGCAGCGCGAUACAACUCGUAACGACGUGCUGAGUAUACAUCACGAACUAGCAACACGCAGCCGUGUUCUUUUCAGAUGAAGCACAAGAGACCUUGAUUACAUAUUUUACAAAGUUACAGCGGCAGCGUGGACUGAAUACUGUGGCUGCCUGGUGAUCCGUACUUGAUAAAGUUUAACAUUUGGCAGCGGUCGGCUUUCCAAAAAUAAAAAGUAUUAAAAUGUUUAUAUUGUUGCAGUUGUUUUGCAAAGAUUAAAAUCGUGUACUUGUUCAAAAACGUUGUAAACCUAAUUGCGAUUCUUUCGAGGGGAAGGCAAAGGCAUGCACAUUUUUGCACGCCUGAAACGCACCAAUAUGCACAGCUGGAUGAUGAAUUUUAAGUCGUAAAUUGCAUCGACUACUGUGUUUAUUAAUAAAAAUGGACAGUGGCUUUGCAAAAUAUGUUCAAUAGAAAUAUAUCCCUAUUGGAACAAUUAAAACUAGGCAUUAACUACAGCUUUACCUCCAAUUAUAAAGCAUUAGAACGCCUCACAAAGCAUGUAUUGUACAUCAAAUGCUCUUAUCCACAAUGGACAAAAGAGUUGGAAGAUAAUUGAAGAGUAAUUUUUCACGUAAUCUGUGAGAAUGCCUCUUAUCCACGAUCACGUGAUAUUGGCAAUUGCGAGAUGUCGACCUGAAAAGAACAGGCCUGAGGACUGGCUGAGCCAAGUUGUGGAUGGGUUUACUGUAUUCACUCGAAGUCCAAUACACUCCUGGCAAUGUUAACAGUUUAACGCAUCGGCUGCUUUAACGUAUCUCACAAUUAGUCUGAACACUUGAAAACUUUUUAUAAGAUGCAAUGUAGCUGCUUCAGGUUGUGUUAUUAGUUAACAAAAAGUACACUAUUUUCGGAGCAAUAAGCUUUCUUCAAUAACUCACCACCUGCUCAUUAACUAUUAAACACAAGCACAGGAAUGCUUUAUAGUUAAACUACGAUAGUGAUAUUUGUACAAUUUCCAAAACAUGUGUUAAAUAUAAACUUGCCUACGCAGCACCACCUAAUAGUAGAUUCACUAUACCUGUUCCCUUCUACGAGCAGAUAUCUUUGACAAGCGUAUGGUAGGAGGCAUCAGUUUUGCUCCUCGGCGUAAUGAUGAAGUGCCUAUAUUUUUUCCCCACUCAAGUGCCUCCAAAACAUUUAUGCUUCCUGCAAGAGCAUAUAAAAGUGGAGCUUCUUUUGCAGAAGGCCCCAGGGUGGAAAGGGGAAUGCACUAGGUUUUGAAACAGCACGUGACCCAAACAUCAACAACAAUCACGGAUCAAAAUCCUUUAUUCCAUUCCACAUCAACAGUUGGGAUUGUACAAAACAAAACAGUGGGUGGAGAGAGAGAGGGACGAGGGGGUAGGGGUGGCGUGGCAAAGAAAGGAAACAAUAACAUCCAAGUGUUACACUUUUUUAUGUUUUGCUGCACCGAUGUGCUCAACGUCAGAGGUUAUUCAAGAUGUAAUAUUAUUAUUAAAGCCUUCCACAGCGACCAUUCCCUAAAGCAGUGCGAACGACAGAGUGAUGCCGGGGGCCAGCGGAGCGUGCAGCCUGUGUGGCGCCUCGGCGGAGUGCGCAUCCUAAAGUGCAGGGGGUUGCGCGUGUUGCACGGACACCGGGCAGCAGCGCGCACGGCCCUCUCCUCCCGUAGCAUGUUUCAAACCUUGCCUCCCCCCCCCCCUCCGCUUCUAGGUCACAUUAUCAACAAAUGUCAGCGGUGUAUAGUGCAACCGGAACGCACGUAAAGCAGGGAUGGCUACAGCCGUGCACCCGAUUUUAUCGCUAGCUGAUUUUUGUUAUUGUUUUUAGUAUUCCCCUAAAAUAUUUAUUUUUAAAGUCUGUAAUUGGAUCAGACACUUCCCAGAAGACACAUGCUACAGGUAAGCAAUCAUCUCUGCUGCGCUAUCAUGUGCCUUGCGGUCCUGCGGUGGGGUUAGCUAUCGCCGCACACUAACGAGAGAGAGUGGAGGUGUAAUGUGGUGCGAGUGAAGGAGGAGCGAGGGAAGUUGGUGGGGGGUGGCUUGGCAGGGCGGGUUGUAGGCUGGGAGCGCGCUCCGCUUAGCGGAAUGUGUACUUGACGUAAGGGACCUCCAAGUCCUCGUUGUUGGUGUCAUUGCAGCACAGCUCAAAGACCAGUGCCUUCACAUGCUUGCCUAUCUUCUUCUUCGACACUUUGGUGACAAUUUCAGUCAUCCUGAGGGCAAACACGUGCACACACGCACAGCUGAGCACAUGUGGAGUGGUUGGGAUUGAAGGCAUGUGGCAGUAGCACAUAGGCUUAUGUUGUAACACAGCAGCUGAGUGUUUUAAGAAGUGCAUCUGAGGCAACCACGACUUAAAAGCACACAGGACGCAAUUGACAGCCGUUUUUUUAUGGGAUGUCAUGCAAAAUGUGGACUGAUAGCUAAAGAGGACAAUAAGACCAUGGGGUCUAGAGCAUAUACUUUCAUUAUUAUACUCAAUCACUUGGGAUUGUAAACCUUAAGAUUGUUUUCUGAAAAGGUCUAUAAACAUAUAUUAUUCACAUGAUAUUUAAUCAUGUGGUCACCGCAAAGUGAAUUUUAAAGGUCAAAGAAAUGGCUACCACUUUAGUUUUUUCACCUUAGACCAUAAACAUUUCUACCCAGCCAAUGGGGACAUUUUGUGCACAUUGUAUUACAACACAAAAAAACAAAGCUGCAACGUUGCGUGACAGUGCGGAAUUACGCUUUCUUGACAAAAGCAGUCUCCUCACUUCUGGUCCAGGCGCUCCUUGAGCUUGGCCUGGCCCAUGAAGAACGAGUAGAGCAUGGAGACGCCUUGCGACAGCAUCAUGAUCUUCAGCUCAUGCUUCUCC